AUGAACGGGACGUCUGGAUGGGCACGAUUGUUCAGGACUGCGGCGAGUCGGACGCCGUGGCUCUCGCGACCAGCCUCGCACCGAACAUGGACUUCCCCUAUCCGCCCUACUGAUACUCUCAAGCAGCGCGCAUAUGCCACAGACGCCGCUCUGCCAAAGACCACCAAGUCCCGGAGACGCCUGUACAUCGUCAGCGGCAUUAUCGUAGCCACUGCUGGUGCUGUUGCCGUCAGCGAUGAUGCCCGCUAUAUCUGGAUUGCCGCCCGCCGUACUGGAAGAGUCGUCAGCGCUCUCGCUCUCAACAUCAACGACUACCGCCGUACUCUCAACCAACACGAUGUCCUUCCUGAGCCUGAAUACCAGGCUCUUCUCAAGAAUUGCCACCAGCGCUGCGCUGAUCGUACCCUGAUUGUAUUGCAAAAGAAUGGCUCCAUCUUCGUCAAGUUGGGACAGCAUCUUAGCAGCAUGAACUACCUCCUGCCUUCCGAAUGGUGUGAUACUUUCAUUCCCUUGCAAGACCAAUGCCCUGUGUCCUCGAUGGAAAGCGUCGAGGCUAUGGUUCUCAAGGACACCGGCAACACUCUGUCACACUACUUUUCCGAAUUCGAGACGAAUCCGAUUGGUGCAGCCUCGCUGGCUCAAGUCCACCGUGCUACUCUGCGCGAAACCGGCGAACGUGUUGCUGUCAAGGUUCAGCACCCUGCUCUCGAUGAAUGGGCUGCUCUCGACUUGGCUCUCACCAGAUUCACCUUCCGCACCCUCAAGCGUUUCUUCCCGGAAUACGACCUGACUUGGCUAAGUGACGAGAUGGACCAAAGUCUGCCGAAAGAGUUGGACUUCGCUCUCGAGGGCUCCAACGCCGAACUUGCUCGCAAGUACUUCGCCCAGGUUCCAUACCUACCCGUCAUUAUUCCUAGAGUUCACUGGGCUCAGCGCCGCAUUCUUGUCAUGGACUAUGUCACUGGUCGCAGGCCUGACGACCUUGCCUAUCUUGAUUCCAACAACAUCGACCGUGAUGAAGUCUCUGCCGCCCUUGCCCGUAUCUUCAACGAGAUGAUCUUUUGCAAAGACGCCCCGCUGCAUUGCGACCCCCACGGUGGCAAUAUCGCUAUUCGCUUGAAUACUUCUAGACGCGCUCCUCAUAACUUCGACGUCAUUCUUUACGAUCACGGUCUCUAUCGUGUACCUGAUAACGCUCUUCGUCGUAGCUACGCCAAGCUAUGGCUGGCUGUUUUGGAUGCCGAUGAGCCUCGUAUGCGCCAAUAUGCGAAAGAGGUAGCUGGCAUCAACGAUGAACAAUUUCCGCUGUUUGCCUCUGCAAUCACUGGCCGCGAUUACCGCGUCGUCACAAAGAGCGUCGCAACCUCUAGGACAGAUGAGGAGAAAGAGGCCAUUUCAGACGCGCUAGGCGAUGGCAUGCUUGAACAGCUCGUUCAGCUCCUGGGUCAAGUGCCCCGUGUCAUCCUUCUUAUCCUCAAGACCAAUGAUCUGACGCGCAGUCUUGAUGAGAACCUGCAUACUCGCCAAGGACCUGUCCGCACCUUUAUGAUUCUCGCGCGUUACGCGGCUCGUGCAGUUUACGAAGAAAAGAUGGAGCUACUAGCUGCUGCUGGAUUCGGUCCUAGAAGGCUCUGGCGCAGAUUCACUGCCUGGGCCGAUUUUGCCCGCAUCGAGUUUAAGCUCACUGCAUUUGAGAUGUGGCUAAACAUCAAGAGGUUGCUGGGCAUGCAGCCUACGAUCAUCUAG